AUGCGUGUCCAUGUCUUGCUCACGCUGGCCUUGGCAGAGGCUGCCCAGUGGCCAGCGCAGGUGAUCCAGUCUUGUGGCUUCUCUUCACCAAAUGCAGUGGUCAGCGAUGUGGAGGGCUCGCUCACCUUGUCAGUUCCAAAGUUGUGCGGAGCCGUAAACUAUCCCUGUCGGCAUGCGCUGUUUGCCGCUGUGAACGCCAUGCGAGAUGAUGCCUUCAAGGAUAUCUACAAGUGUGCUCUUCCAUGGGAUCGGCAAGAAAAGCUGGUCAUGGCAUCCUUCGUGGUCCAAGGACUGAAACCUCAGCAGUACGGCCAGUGGGGCACAUGGCUUGGCAAUGCAUUUGCCCAUUGCCCAGACCUGUCAGGAUUUGAGCCAAAAGCUUCCACCUCCUACCCCGAUGCCGGCGGGAUCCGCUUCUUGGUGAGUGGAACUGGAACAGCGCAUGACAAUGCGAAAAUCGAGCAAUGCUUGGGAAGCAAUAUGCAGGCCUCUUCAGGGUUGUCGUGGUCCCGCAUCACCGUGUCCAACUUCGGCAUCUCGAAAGUCGAGUCCGAGCCACUCUUCCAAAUCGGCAUGAAGAACUUCAUGAUCCUUUUGCGCUUCGGGGCAGUCAUUCUGGUGGCCUUGGGGUUGUAUGGCAUCGUGGCCGUUUGUGCAUAUUACAGUGGAGUGAAGUGGUUGCAGCCAAUCUUGCUCUGCUGGCCAGAGGUGUGCGACGGCCGAGGGUGCUUCGUGUACCGUGUGCUUUGUUGUCCUUUUGUUUUGAUUUGGCAUGCCUUCUACAUAUAUUGCUUCCACUGCUGCCACAGCUACAUUUCCUUCCUUUGUAUGCCAGCAUGCUUCAAGGGCAUGUGCUGGGAUGAUUUUCAGGACCCAGAGUUUCCCCCAAACGACAAUAGCCUUGGAAAGUUGAAGGGAGACACAGCCGGGGGUUUGAUCCAUCAAGGUGGUGGCACUGACUGGGUCCGAGCGGCCGAGAUCGCAGAAAAGGACGGGUGGAAAAGGACAGUGAAGACCAUCGAGGGGCACAACUUUUUGAUGGUGGCAUCGAAGCAUCUGAUUUGUUGCAGGAUCGCGGCUUUGGCAACUCGGCGACACCGGCGAGGGGUGAAAGGGCAACUAGGGACUGAAUGGAAAACCAUCGUCAUCGAUGAGAAGAUUCCCUGCUACGCGGGAACCACCAAGCCUCGAUUUGCACAAGCCAAUAGUCGUGAAAUCUGGGUGCUUUUGAUGGAGAAAGCGUUUGCCAAGAUGUAUGGUGGCUACGACAAGCUCGAGGGUGGUGUAAUGUCCUGGGCACUAUCAGCUAUCACUGGAAAUCCGGCGGUGAAUUUUCUAAGGAUGAGCGGAGUUUGGAAUGCCUUCAAGCCAGCCGGGGGUGGUCAACUGACACAAGAGGGAGAGUUUAGUGAUGAUGAGUUCUUCAAGUUCCUACAUCGGAUUAGGCGGAACGGUGCGUUUAUUUGUUGCUCAACCAUCGUCCCACCCGACCGCAAAGGCUUGAUCAACGGCCACGCGUACUCGGUGCUGGAUUUGCAAACAGUCGCACCAGAUGUGACCAGUGGGGAAUACUUCCGCAUGGUGCAGAUCCGAAACCCACAUGGGCAAGGGGAAUGGCAAGGGGCAUGGAGCGACAAGUCGCCCUUGUGGGAGAAGCAUCCACGCGUUAAGCGAAAGAUUUUGGGAGGUGAAGAGCCCAAAGAUGAUGGCUCCUUUUGGAUGCAAUGGGAGGAUUUCGUGGUUUUCUGGAAGGAUGUGCAAGUGGUCGAUUGUGACACAAACAUCCACACAGUAGCAAUGCCUGAUUAUGACGAAGAGACAUGGUGCGGUCCUAUCAUCUCAUCCCUGCAGGGGUGCUUUGAGUAUUGGUGCUGCUGUGUGGGAUGCAAACGCUUGUAUCUCGGGCGUGCUGGUGGAAAGAAUCUGGAGGAGAUGAAGAAGGAUAUGAACAACCAGUGUGGCUAUGACCAGCGAGGUUUUUACUGCCACCUCUUUGAAAGAAGAGCUGUAGCCGAUGAUGCAUACUUGUCUUCAGACGAGGAGUCAGGCAUGCUACGGCGCUAG